GGUCAGACGGUUAGCUGCACCAUGCUAAGAAAGAUCGCUAGAUGAAUUAAAAUGCUGCCGCAGUUCAGUUUUACUAAAAUGUAUUGACCGAGGAAGAAACGUGUGCUCAUAAUGUUCGCGUGUGAAGCUGUUAAAGACUGACGUCACCAGGCGGCCGGGUUUACUUCAAGUCAACGUGUUUGCAUCGUCUUCCACUGAAGCUGCUGUGAAGCAAGAAGAAGAUGCCAUCCCGAAAUACUCUUGAUAAAAUUGAGAAGAAGCAUAAGAGAUGGACGGAGGAGGACAUGGAACGUGCAUUUAUCGAGGUAAAGUCGGGGAGGUACACGGUCAGAAAGGCAGCCAUUCAGUUCGGGGUCCCAAAAUCCUCCCUGGGCGACAGAGUCAGUGGACGAGUGGCACCGGGGCGACGCAGCGGCCCACCUCGCCUAUUAUCCCCGGCAGAUGAGGAGCGGCUGGUGGAGUGUGCCAGGCUCUGGAUCUCUUGAGCCGAUCGACCCAGUUUCGGGAUGAACUUCAGGGCCACCACCUUCACCAGGACAGACGGCAGAAUGACUAUCAUGUUUCAUGAAUAUGAUCAUGUAAACAAGAUGAUCCAGGAGCACGGCGACCUGUUUUCGGACACCAAGUGUUCAGUCUGCAGCGCCAUCCUCGUGGCAGAGUCUCAGAAGUUGACUCACUACCAGAGCAGAAAACACGCCAACAGAGUGCGCCGCUAUUUCCUGCAGCAGAAGGAGAAGGAGCCUCAAGUGAAGAAGUUACAUUUGUCAUCGUCUGAGGGACCGGACAACAAUGGUGACGCUGAGCCAAUGAAGUUCUGUGAGGUGUGCAACAUGAGUCUCACCUCACCUGUGGUGGCGCAGUCUCACUACCUUGGAAAGGUUCACGCCAAGAACCUGAAAAUUCGGGCCCUUGGCCCAAAAGCGCUAGUAGAGGUCCAAGUGCCAGUAUUCAGAGUGAAGAAGGCGUCGACGGACUCGUGCGAUAAAGAUGGCAGCAACGGGAACCAAGGAAAUCCCAAUCACUUUUGCACCAUCUGCAGCGUCUCCUUCAAUAACCCGCUGGUGGCUCGCCAGCACUACCAUGGGAAGAAGCAUCGCAAACACUUGACCAAGGUCAAGCUGAUGGAAACGUACGGGCCGUCGCCGGCGGCAGCCUCUGCCGUGCAAGGUUACUCCUGCACGCUCUGCAACAUCGAGCUGAACUCCGUGGAGCAGUACCAGUCGCAUGUCAGCGGCGCCAAGCACAAGAACAGAAUGAAGAAGUCAGAGCAAGACAGCAAACCAGCAGGAGAAGAGUCGGCCGGCGAGGAGAACCUGUCCAGCUGUCCGCUCAGCGUGGGCGACGGCCUGCACGACGGUGGCAGCGAGCCGCUGCAGCACGACGCCGAUCCGUACAUGCCGCACCACCUGGACUACUAGCUCCUGCUGGACUUGCAGAAGAGACGAUCACCAGCCCCUUUAACUCAUGAACCUUGGCCAUCCAUGGAUCCCUGCGCUCUGCUCCGCGUGUCACUCUUUCACCCAGGGCUCUCUUUGGAGGGAUGGAACACUAGGAAGAUGUAGGGAGAGAGAGUGAAUCCACUGUACCUCAUUCCCCAUCCAUCCGUCAGUAGGGCUCACUGUUUCAGAGGUCUGUCAUGCUGCUCUGCUUCACUCCGUGACUCGCCUCACAUCCUCCUGUGUGUGGAACCCUGCCUGCAGGGGUCAUCAGAGGUCGUGGGACACUAACUCCUCCGUUAAUAUUGUUCAUGAAACUCCUGAACCUGUCAGUCCAGCACGUCAGAACACAAGCUGUCGGCUCAAGCUGGGAGAGUGGUCGAGGAAAGUGCUGCUGUCAUCUCCGUUUUGAAGGUUUUAUUGCCAAAAUUCUGCUUUUGUUUUGGAGAAAGUGUUGCAGGAACGUUUAGUCGGAAACAAACUGAGCGAUGCAGGUGAUAGUUCAUCGCCUUCAGUGGAGGCUGAAGCUGCGUUCUGAGAUGUUGAAGUCUGAGCUCUCCUCUCGCCCACCGUGGUCCAGAAUCCUCCCAGAUUUCAGUGAUGUCACUUUGUAAAAAAAAAAAAGAUGUCAGACAUAGGACGCAUUUCAGUCGGUUUGGUCUCAUAUUUUCCGAAUAUUGAACUGACGAAUGUCUGCAGUGUGAAGGGGGCGCGGGUGGGAACGUACCCCAGGUCUUCUGUUUUGUUGUGCUCUGUUUUUUUAAGAAGCUUUACAUUGAACUAUAAUAUAUGGACUUGAAGGACAAGUAAAACAGUUUUAUAAGACUCGGCUGUUAGUCUCUGUUUCUGUGGAAGAGAGGCUGGUCUGAUGGUGACCGUCCCACAGGUGGCGCUGUUUGAAUCGGGAUCUGUGACGUCAUCACCACUCAGAUCUGCCUCUCGCAUGGAGGGACUUCUUUAAACUCAACUAGUCGGAUCCAAGUCGAUGACCCAAGAACUGAGACUCGCUGUUCAGUCCGCAAGAUGGCGCUCUCGCCCCUCCCGUUUACUCAGCUCAUGAAGCCCUGCUGCAUCUGAUCUUGAAGUUUGAUCAGCACGGAUUGUGUGGUGUGUGGCUCCUGAGCUCGUCCUUCAUCAUAAGUCAUUUUUUUAUUGUUGAUAACAGUCACAACUAGUUCAGUUCAUAGAAGAAAGGACACGUUUUGGAUUCAAUUUGACGCAAGAAAUCGGGAUGCAAUUGGAAGUAGAGCGCAUAUUCAUGAAACUUCUCCCGUCUGUGGCCGAGAGGAGCAAAACUCAACACAUUCAACAGGAAACACCACAAAAUGAACAGAAAACAAAACGCCACUUUCGCCCUCAUCACUUCCGCUCCGACCGUUUUCUCCUAAUUUCGGUCUGUUUUCUGUCAAUCGCGUGUUGCUUUCCUUCAUCUGCGUUUCGUUUCCACUUAUUAGUGUUUAGAGUUUCUGUAUUAUUUUGUGUGAAUGUUUUGUUUUCUGUGAAUGCUGUUUUGUGGUCUGUUAAUUUUGUGGCGUUUCCUAUAAAUUG